AUGUCGACAGAGGAACUGUCAACCUCGGACAGCGACGCUGCCUUUGCUGGGGCUGGCGAGCGAUGGGCGCCCGUCGGUGCUGUAGCCAGCCCGGAGGAUGAGAGCGGGAAGGGAUACGCGGUCGAGCCGAGGAGGAAAGGCUCAGCUGCGGCUGAUGAGACGGAGAUGGCCGCAAGAUUGAGGAAACUGGAGGACGAACAGGGCCUGCUGAAUUCCUCGCUCCUCGCUUUGACGUCUCAUUUUGCACAGGUGCAGUUCCGCUUGAAGCAGAUAGUUCACGCUCAGACUGAUGAGAAGGAGAGGAUGCUGGUAGAACUCGAGGAGUUUGCCUUUAAAGGCUGCCCUCACGUAGUGGGAUGCAGGGCACAGGAUACUCAACAGUUUGAAAACGCGGUAAGUAGUCCAUGUAUCCCACGGCUGGUCAGACUUGGUAGAUAUAAGAAUGUAAACAAUACAAUAGUUCCUCUUCUUCUGUAAGUGGGAAAAUUAUGUCAAUACAAACACUCAAUUGCUUGAGGUUGUGUGAUUAUGCAAGCUAUAAGCUAUCCAUUAUGUGUAGAAAAAUAGGUUAUGUUAGUCCCCCACAAAACAGAACUCUGACAGACAGACAGACACCAAUGUAGGCCUACACCAACGUCAGUACACAGUGUUCCACCAGUGGUACCUGGUGAGGGGAUCGGGGUGGGUGUGGUGCACAUUAGUUGCUGCCCUUAACCACAGGGCAUGCUUGUCACAUAGGCUGGUCAUCAUUCAGUGUCAGUCGGGACAGCUGUGAGGAUGUCCACAUAAAGACUCAGACUCACCAUGGGAUGCAACACUUGGAAACAUGCACACACACACACACACACACACACACACACACACACACAGGCAGUAGCAGCCACCUUCUUGUCAAACAGCUCACAGGAAAUUAAAUUAUCUGGGUGGCUGCCUGGCUUUUGAUUAAGGCUUUGGUUUCUUGCGUCAAAACAUCAGGGCUGUGCUCUCUGUUCUGUUCCCUGAGAUCUGUUAUCUCCAGAGGAAGAUAGAAAAUGGUGGUAUCUCGUCAACACAAUAAGUGACUCACAGGCUCAGUUAACACGCCUCCAGAAGAUUAUUAUCUCUGUAAUAAUAGCUUCCGUGUAAACCAAACCCACUUAGCCUCUGCAUUGUUUACUCCAUGCAGCUUUCCAUUUAUCUUCGAGAUAAUCAAAUCAAAUGUUAUUUGUCACAUGCACCGAAUACAACAGGUGUAGACCUUACAGUGAAAUGCUUACAAGCCCUUAACCAACAAUGCAGUUUUAAGAAAAAUAAGUGUUAAGAAAAUAUUUACUAAAUAAACUGAAGUAAAAAAGAAGAAAAUAGAAGAAAAUAGAAAAAUAACAAAUAAUUAAAGAGCAACAAUAAAAUAACAUUAACAACGCUAUAUACAGGGGGUACCGGUACAGAGUCAAUGCCUGCUUAUGUAAUACUAUCUUUGAUUAAAGGUUUUCUUUUUCUGAUUUCCUCUUUGUCUACAUGCUUUACUUAUAGGAGGACCUGGUGAGUAUGACUACAGCUCUCUGUUCCUCUCCAGCAUCUGUUUAGUCUGUCUGUCUUUAGUAAACAUGCAUGAUUAAGGGCUGUGAAUAGACCCUCCCCAUCACUCCCUGUCCCCUUUGUAAACCCCAGUCCUCCACUGACAGUGUAUUCUGUGUUCUCUCUCCUCCACACAGAGUGAGAGGGAGAAGAGGGAGCGUCUGGAGGUCCAGAGGGAGAAGCAGAAGGAGCUCAUCGUCCAGCUGAAGACCCAGCUGGACGACCUGGAGCGCUAUGCCUACCAGGAGGGCAGCUACGACUCCCUGCCCCAGUCUGUGGUCAUGGAGAGACAGAAGGUAGGGCUCAGUUCAUGCACCAGAAGUCUCCCAAAAGUCUCUUUGAUACAAUGUUGUUUCCUCCCCAUGUGUAAUGUCCUGGUAAUACUAAUGCCUGUUCCACUCUUCCACUGCCAGGUAAUCAUUGACGAGUUGAUCAAGAAGCUGGAUGUGAACUUCAACGAGGACAUAGGGAACCUGACGCCUGAGGAGCUGAGACAGAGAGUGGACGCUGCCAUCGCUCAGAUAGUCAACCCAGCCCGGGUCAAGGAGCAGCUGGUGGACCAGCUCAAGACCCAGAUCAGGGACCUGGAGAUGUUCAUCAACUUCAUCCAAGGUAGGUGACAGUAGGGCCUGGGAUGCCAUGUUCGCUGUGGUUAGGUGUCUUGGAAGCUCUCUAAUACAAACUUUGUUACUGAAAUAUUCCACCAAUAUUCUGACAUACUACUGUAUUUUCCCUUUACCCAACAGAUGAGGUAGGGAACCCUCUUCUGUCUGACGGGGAACCCAGCCAGCAGCCGAGGACAGCAGGGCCCAACACCAGAGCCCCAGGAGGGAGGAAGAAAAGUCAGUUAUCACCCAGCAUUAUUAUCAUAGGCUCUACAACAUCACUCACAAUACAUCUGUUCUAAUGAUUCUCUUCUCCUGCCCAUAGUGGACCCAGAGCAGGCCCAGAAGAUGAGGCAGACAGGCUUGCAGCUGAUCCAGCGGGCCCUAGCAGUGCUGCAGAUCUUUGCAGUGAGCCAGUUUGGCUGUGGGGCUGGCUACGUUCCCCAGAGCAUGUGGUCGCAGGGGGAAGGGGGCCAGGACUAUGGCCCUCUGCUGCAGCGUCUGGAGGGGGCUGUGGACCGGGUUCGAGUGCAGGCCUCGUGCAGACAGCCCUCAGUAGAUCACGUGGUCAGCUACAACAGCAGCUUGGCCCUGGGGUCCUGUGAUGAGCUCACUGCCUCAGUGAGGAAGGAGCUGGCCAUUGCCCUGAGAGACCUGCUAGCCCAUGGUCUCUACUCCCCCUCCCAGGGCAUGAGUCUGGUGCUGGCCCCCGAUCUCCUGCCUGCUGCCCUACAGACCUGGCCCAACAACCAUCCACCCCUGGGAGCUCUUCGUCAAGUACUACCACUCCAAAAACGGCAAGGCCUUCGUGGAGUCGCCGGCCCGCCAGCUCUCGCAGUCCUUCAGCCUGCCUGUUGCGGGCAAUCCGGUCACCGUCACACCCAAGCAGUCCCUGCUCUGGGCCAUUCACUCAGUGCUGCUGGAGCAUGAUCGCUACAAGCGAGGAGCAGACUCAGAGUUCAAGGCUCUGGUAUGCAUGGCUCUGAACGAGCAGAGGCUGGUGUCAUGGCUCAACCUGUUGUGCAAAUCAGGGGCUUUGGUGCACCCGCACUACCAGCACUGGAGCUACAUGGCUCAGACGGGCUUCGAGGGAGCCCUGCACAUUCUGGGACGUAUCAGCCACCUCAAGUUUAACCUACCGGUGGACCUGGCUGUGAGGCAGCUCAAGAACAUCAAGGAUGCCUUCUGA